AUGCCUCUUUUCAAAAACUAUUGGACUUUUAAAGCAAAAAUACCUAACAGUGAGAUUGAGGAUGCAACAGCGACGAUCGAGGAAGUGGCGGCUAUCGAGGAAGCGACAACGAUCAAGGAAGUUUUAGCGAUUGAGGAUGCAGCGACAUCGAUCGAGGAAGUAGCAGCGACGAUCGAGGAAGUGGCGACUAUCAAGGAAGCGGCGACGACCGGAAGCAACGACGAUCGCGGAAGAACCCACAAGCCGAUGACAGCGUCCGGCGUUGACAAAUAG